AGUGCCGGAGCGCCCACACCGCCCAUGGCCGCCGCUCCGGCGCGGACGGCUCACUGAAGCCCAGGGCCGAACUGGCGGAAGUGACAUUAUAAACGCGCGCCGGUAGUUCAGUAGGGUCGGGAAGGGUCGCCGUGGCGGGCGCCUGGCUCGCCGGCGGCUUAACUUCGUUUUCGCGGACGGAUAACGUUCUCUGCAGCGGCUCAAGCAUCCCUGUUUCUUGGCGUGCCUGAAGAUAACGGAGAGAGUUGAGGACGUCGCUAAGGAGUGUGUGCUGGGGAUGCUGUAGGAGGAGACUGAACGCUGAGGUGAAUUCCAGUCCAGAGGGUUCUGGUUCGCCUAGAAGAGCGUGAACAUCAUGGAUCAGAACAGCAGCCUGCCACCUUACGCUCAGGGCCUGGCGUCGCCUCAGGGCGCCAUGACUCCCGGGAUCCCCAUCUUCAGUCCGAUGAUGCCUUAUGGCACGGGCCUGACGCCGCAGCCCAUUCAGAACACCAAUAGUCUGUCUAUUUUGGAGGAGCAGCAAAGGCAGCAGCAGCAGCAGCAGCAGCAGCAGCAACAGCAACAGCAGCAGCAGCAGCAGCAGCAGCAGCAGCAGCAGGCAGCCGUGACAUCAGUGACGGCAGCUGUCCAGCAGUCAACAGCCCAGCAGGCGACACCGGGGGCUUCGGGCCAGACACCGCAGCUCUUCCACUCACAGACGCUCACCACUGCCCCUUUGCCGGGUACCACACCCCUGUACCCCUCCCCUGUGACCCCCAUGACUCCCAUCACGCCUGCCACACCAGCCUCGGAGAGCUCUGGGAUUGUGCCACAGCUGCAAAAUAUUGUAUCCACAGUGAAUCUUGGUUGUAAACUUGACCUAAAGACCAUUGCACUUCGUGCCCGAAAUGCUGAAUAUAAUCCCAAGCGGUUUGCUGCUGUGAUCAUGAGAAUUAGAGAGCCCCGGACCACAGCCCUAAUCUUCAGUUCUGGGAAGAUGGUGUGCACGGGCGCCAAGAGCGAAGAGCAGUCCCGACUAGCAGCCAGAAAGUAUGCCAGGGUUGUGCAGAAGUUGGGUUUCCCAGCCAAGUUCUUGGACUUCAAGAUUCAGAACAUGGUGGGGAGCUGCGACGUGAAGUUCCCGAUAAGGUUGGAAGGCCUGGUGCUGACCCACCAGCAGUUUUCUAGUUAUGAGCCAGAGUUAUUUCCUGGUUUAAUCUACAGGAUGAUCAAACCCAGGAUUGUUCUCCUUAUUUUUGUUUCUGGAAAAGUUGUAUUAACAGGUGCUAAAGUCAGAGCAGAGAUUUACGAGGCGUUUGAGAACAUCUACCCCAUCCUGAAGGGUUUCAGGAAGACGACGUAAUAGCCGUCGUGGGCUCCUGCCCUCCCCACCCACCGCCUUUUAAGAAAUCAGUUUGGUACAUUGAAACGGUGGGGGGUGGGGCAGCCCCGCCAACCGUGGUGACGGCCUGCACGUGCCCCGUGGGAGCGCCGGGAGGGCUGUCGCUUCCGCACAGGGGACAGCAGUGUUACGUGAGUCGCUGCACUGUGCUGCUGCUAUUUGGGCAGCGCUGCCCACUUAUUUAUAGUUAGGUUUUAAACACUUACUGCUGUUGACAAGUUGGUUUAAGGGACAAAACUUUAGUGUUAAAGCCACCUCUCUAAUUGACUGGAUUUUUGGUUUGAUUUCUUUCCCAUAAACCAGUUUUUAUAUUUCUACCAGAAAAGUAAAAACCUUUUUUUAAAGUGUUGUUUUUCUAAUUUGUAAUUCCGAAGGGUUAUUUUUGUGCCACAUUCCGCCUUUUCAGUAUUGCAGGACAGGACAGGUGUAGUAAUGAGAACAAAUGGCUGUAAAUAUUUUCUCCUCAGUACUCUGUACAAUAAAUGCUGUUUAUAAAAGUGUUAGAUUGAUGCUAUAAACGCUGCCUUGUAAGAUUCGUGUGAUCAAACUGUUAAAAAAGUUCUAUUUUAGAUACGAUGGCUGAAACCA